GAUCGAAAGUCGUCGUCAUAAAAGCGACCAUUUAAACGGCGAAAACACGUGUCGCUGGGGUGGACACGUCCUUUUAUAUUACGCUUACUUAGUCGCAUACGAGCUCCGUCACGCUAUGCGUAGAUACGCGUGUGUCGCGUGCACGUUAUCGGAUCAUCGUCGGAAUAUAGAACGCGUUUUAUACCCACACGUAGCACACGCACACACGCGUACGCAUACGUUCAUCAAGAUGCGCGACACGCGCACGUACUUCGCAUAGUCUUCCUGGCACGCUUUUAGGAUGGAAAAACGCAUUGCGUCGAGAGCCACCGUCCUUUCGUCGACCUGUCCACGCACUCAUUGUCAGUUGCCACGAUAUAUACACGAAUACGAGUGACGUGUAAGAAUUACGGUUAUUCUUCUGUGUAACAUUAUUAUUAUAUGAAAUAAAGUUUCGAGUUUGUCGUGAUAAGAUUAACGAUUGUAUAGAGAAUAUUUCGCAAUUACCUUACGUUUUCUUCACAAAUUCGAAAAUAAUUUUUAGCAAACAUAUCGAGGAAUGUCAUCGCGUUGACAUUUUUUCAAUUUUCAAUAAUAUACACGUGCACAUAUGAGAGCGUCAAGUAACCGAUUUAGAUUUACGAAAAUGAGAAAAUCGCGUAUUGGCAUUUCGUUUCAAAUAAAUUGAUAUAAAAUCGCUGAAGAAGCUCCUUUUUAUCUUGCUCCGUUUUACGAAACUCCGAUAAGGAAGGAAGCGAAGCGCGUAAUUAUCUCCGAAGUUACUUUCGCACACCUAAUUUCUUUCGCACUCACACCGUGCGUUCACCGAAAAAAAAAAAAAGAAAAUGAAUCACAAAGACCGCUAGAUAAUAGACGGGACGAAAAGCCGGGAAGGGUCGAUAUACAUAAUUUUAUGAUGCGCGCAAUCGCCAGCGAUCGCAUACGCACGUGCCUGUGUACAAUCGCGACUCGCACACAUAUACAUACACACCUCACGCAUACACAUGCAUAUGGGUUUUGUGUACAUGCGCGCGACUCGAUGGCCGUGGCUAUGGCCUUACGAUUUCCCCCUCCGUUCCCUCUCCCCAUCUCCGUCGACAGAAUCGCGCGCGCAGUACGGUACGGAGAGACAUGAGAAGUGGUGGGAGUAAGAGAAGGCGAGAGAGUAGCUCGCAGUAGUAACGGAGACGGCGAGGCUCGUGCGUGCGAGCGAACGAACGAACGAACGAGCGAGCGAGCGAGAGAGAGAGAGAGAAACGCGGAAUCUGUAGUCUCGAGCGGCGGACGGGGACGCGAGAAAGAGAGAGGGAGAGUGUGUCGCGAGCGUGUGUCUAACCUAGGCUAGUGGCGUUUAGUGGCGGCUAGGCUAGGCAAACCGAGACUCCUCCGUCCCGUUCAGUGUUGUUCCGCGCGCGCUCCCCGGUCGAAGCUUCAUCUCUCGUUCCGUGCGCGCGUAUCCAGUCGUGUGACACACAGUUUUUCGCGUUUUUUCUUCCCGGUCUUUACAAAAGACAAUCGUAUGAAAUAUAAAGAGGAGGAGAGAUUUUUUUUUUCACGCGUUUUCUCACGCGCCGAGACGCGACGCGACGCGACGCGCCCCACUCGGGCGCCGCUCGAUGUAAACAAAAGCGGAGGGAUUGUUUAUUUGGGUUUGUGUUAUCUGAAAGUUUGGCAGUGUGAGUUGAACAAUUUGUAGCAUCGUUUCAUUACGUCGAUCGUAAUAUACGGAAUGGAAUAGUGUGACAAUUUAGCGAUAAGUUUUGAGCGAUCGCUAAACUUGCUGGGACUAGAUGUUACGAGGCGAAGAAAGUUGCGAGAAGAAAGUGAAAAAGAAAUUUCUUUUUUGUUUUUUUGGAACUGUCGUAAAAGGAAUACGUAAUAGUAUUUAAUUUGAAUCGAAUUGUUACCGGCUUUUCGAGCUAUGAUAUUUCGGAGUGAACUUUAAUCGAUCAAUUGUCGAUGAUUUAACGCCGAAACGAUGUUGUUGCAUCAUUGACAUUGUAAUUUAGUGUAUUGUCUUCAAGCACGUGAUACCGAAGUGAUUCGAGAGACACGGAUUCCCUCCAGUUCGCGUAAUCUUCUCCACGAUCGAUUAUCCGCGAUCGAUUAUUUUGACGUUUUGUCGUUCUUCUUUCGCGAAAAAAAAAAAUCUCCCAAACAGCGUGUGCGUGGGUGAACGCGUGGCCGUAUUCGUGUGUCGUGCACGCGCGUGAUGCAAGUCGCAUGGGCUGUCGCAAUCAUUCGCUCCGAUAAAUAAUCGCGACAGAUCGACGCGCAUUCCUCCCUCUCUUUCUUUCUCGAAGAAAGAAAAUUAUCGCGAGGGUGGGAAGACUCGCGUAACUCGAGAAGGGAACCUCGUUCGGUGAAUAAAGUGUGAGUGCGGAAGAAAUUCAGGUGUGCGAAAAUCUCGGAGACGAUUGCGCGCUUCGUUUCCUUCCUCUUCGGAGCUCCGCGAAACGGAACGAGGUACAAUAACGCGUGAAAAAAAAAGGAAGAAUCGUCCGGGAGCAGCAUCAGACGAAAGAGGAGAAGUCCCGGAGAGGUGGUUUUAGAUGUUAGAAGGCGCGGGGGUGGCUAAAGUGGCCCCGCCGCCGGGUCCCGAUGCCGGUCCCCGUAUCGCAAACGCCUACACUGACCUCCACCCUCGUACCCAAGGAGGAAUCAAACAUGCCUUUCAUAGACGACGAGCUAUUCUGGUACUCUGACAAUGACGGAAAAAUGGAUUUGACCCAGUGCCUUCAGAGCAACACGGGUCAAUCGGUGGAAUUCUCGCCGAUGGAGUUGAGUGCUCUGGUAGGGACGCCGGCGGCUCCGAACGUGCCGGCGGAGGAGGGCGCGGGGAUGUCCACAGCGGAGGAAAUUUUCGAUCCCUUGGAUUUCCUGCGGGAACUCGAGGCGGAGGCCAGCCAACCCACCUCAACCACAACCCCCUCCUCCUACAGACGACAGAGGCACAAUAUUGCCGCCGCGAAUCCUCUGUUAGCGGAAAAAUUGGCGGCCCCGUCGACGCAAACGUCUCCGACCUCCAUCCCUUACGCUUCGAGGGCGGAAAUCAAGACCGAGAACAUUAAACCGGAGCCGAGCAUAGUGGACACAAGGGAAGUCCAACCGCACGAUACAGGCGAGAAAGAACAAUUAGGCCUCGCGAACGUGAAAGUGGAGCCGGGAUCCACAAGUGCUGCGACCACCACCAGUAGCACGGGAACCCGUCUGCUCCACGGGAUCCUCUCCCAGCAUCACCAGCAACACGGUCUGGCACUGCAGAACGGAUAUGGCCGACACUUGGCCGGUCACGCUCAGAUGGGCCAGCCGCCUUACACUACUGCCGCCACGAGUACGCCAGGAAGCGGAUCACUGCCAGCAAGCCCAGCGGACAGCGGAGUCAGCGAUGUCGAGUCCAGCACAUCCUCCGGCGGCAACGAGGACGCGAAUCUCUUACUGAAAGCCAGGCUCAACCCUAAUUCGUCCCUCCAGCCAGGUCUGGCGUCUCAUCACUCUCAUCUGUCGUCGGCACUCGGCGGCAGGUCAGCCUGUCACAGCCCCGGCGUUUACCCGUCGACGGCGACCUUUUUGCCGCCCUCCUAUCAUCCGCAUCAGCAUCAUCCCUCCCAGUAUCAUCCGCAUCGAGGGAGCUCGCCGCACCAUCAGCACAACAACCACACCAUGGGUUCGACGAUGGGGCCGCCCCACCACCACCACCACCACCAUCACCAUCAAACGCAGAGUCUGCAGCACUUGCAUUACCGCCAGCCACCCUCGCUGUCCGAGAGUUACAACAAUUACGUGAACUCCAUGUAUGGCGGAGGCGGUCAAUUCGCGACCCCCUGUACCCCAAGCCCACCGCGAGGACCCGGUGGCGUGCCCACGAGUGUGAUUCAAGCGGCCACUAGCUCGGUCUCGGACGAUCUCUAUCUUCUCGAGUUGGGCUUCCCGCCGCGCUCGAAGAAAAGCAAGCUGAAGAAGCCGCGGCAGGGCGAGGGUGGCGGCGCCGCCGUGAAGCGGAAGUCGCGCGAGGGUUCGACCACGUAUCUGUGGGAGUUUCUGCUCAAGCUGCUGCAGGACCGGGAAUACUGUCCGCGCUACAUCAAGUGGACGAAUCGCGAACGGGGCGUCUUCAAGCUGGUUGACAGCAAGGCGGUCUCGCGUCUCUGGGGCCUGCACAAAAACAAACCUGAUAUGAAUUACGAGACGAUGGGUAGAGCUUUGCGUUACUACUAUCAGCGCGGUAUUCUCGCGAAAGUGGACGGCCAACGGUUGGUUUAUCAGUUCGUCGAGGUGCCGAAGGACAUCGUCGAGAUCGAUUGUACAGGCGCAUGAGACAGGGUACCGGCCCGUCCCGCGGGGAACGAGGAGAAGGAGCUGUUGCUGCGGCGGCAACGCGGUGCCGGUAUCUUGACGCGGGCUCGACGUCGACCGCCGUUAUCGUCGACGCUGCUUACGUUGCGACGUCGCGGACCCGUCGCGGGAUUUCGUCCGCGCGAAAGAACGCCGUCCAACGAUUCUUCCCGCCGAGACGCGCCGACCUGGCACACCCCUCAAACGUUGUAAAAUGCAUUCUUUCUCUUUUCCUCACUGUAUCUCCUUCUCUCUCUCUCUCUCUCUCUCUCUCUCUCUCUCUCUUCAUUCUCUUUCUCUGUCUGUCUCUCCCUUCCUGCUUCUCUAUUUUUUUUUCUACCUUCCUUUUCUCUCUAUACUUCUCUUUAGCUUCGUUUGUUCCUUGUAUUAUACCUAUGUAAAUGUAUAUUAAGGCGCCGGAUGACGCGACGUCGUCGGAGGUGGUCCCGACCCAGUACCUCGUCCUCCUCCUGCGGUCCGUUUCUUUCCCGUGUGUCCGAAAAUCGCGUAGGAUCGAGAUCGGAUCGGCAUCGUGUGAUUGGCGGCGCCCGAAUCGUUGAAAUUUGUACAAAAUUUAGUUCUUAACGCGUCGAGAAGAGGAAACUGAAGAUUUUAUCUCGGGGUGUACCUUUUAUGAAAGGACGCCGUGGACAAAUUACUUAAGCGUGAGGCAUCGGAAAAAGAAAAUUGUACAUUCGAAAAAUAUAUAUAAAUUAUUUAUUGUAUAUUAGACGUUUAUAUAUGUGUGUGUUACUUAAGGAAAUUGUUAUGCGCGUUUUAUCCAUGCAAAUGGUUAACGUACGAAAACGGAGGAAAGUUUAGAGGAACAAAAAACAAAAAUGUAACGAAAUGAGGGCUGUGAAAGGUUUAUGGUAUCGAGAGGAGAGGUAAAGAGACGAGAUAUGAGCACGGCGAAAGAAUGAGAGACAAUGUCUCUCAAAGUUUCACGGAGCGAGCUCAGGUAGGGAUACACAUUAUAUUUUUUUAAGUAUAAGCGGAAGGGAUCGGCCCUUUCAAUUUGUGAGCCGACGAGCUCAACAACGCAAGGUGCUGGUUAAUAUACAUACACACAUAUACACAUGCACACACACCGAGGUCCAAGAAUAUUAUUUAGCAACCUAGUGUUACUGAUUCGUAUAAAGAUUAUUGAGACAGACAUUAUAUUAUAUCUCUGUGUAUAUAGAUAUAAAGAAUUUACCUUUAGUAAAAAAAUAUAUAUAUAUAUAUAUAUAUUAUAUUGAAUAUAUUAUAUAUAUUAUAUAAAUAUAUAUUAUAUGUUAUGUAGUAAAAAUGGAACAACGUUGAUGUGUCUCUAUGAGAUUUGUCGUCACAUCCGGCGACACGCGUACGGAGCUUAACCGUCUCGUGCGCUCGCGACGUCUCUCCUUCAAAACUGGAAUGAAUUUUAUACAUUUAAAAACGUGUCUGCCGAUCGCGUUCGGCCCUCUUUUUUAGUCGCAGUCGUUGCAACGCACAUACAUUGCUCUCGUCUCAUAUGCUCAGACUGAUCGGAGACGUCGCAUGUAAAACAGAGAGAAAGCUCACCCGGGGCGCGUAAUAAUAAAGCGUUAACCCUAGAGUAAAAUUUAACUUAUUGGCGCCUCGGGACGCGUGACGCGCGCGAAUGCAAGUGUAUCCUACGUAGCUCGUAAGUUUUUUGUACAUAAAGAUGAAUCGUCGCAAAAAAAAUAUAUAUGUUUAAGAAAGAAUGUAUGUUGUCAGUUAUCUCCUCGCGAGAGUUAUCCGCGGGAGAAAAGGAACGACGUAAAGGGAAAGGAAGCGAGGAGUUGUAUAGAUCAUGCGCGAUGUUAAAACGUAACAGCGACGCGUGUUUCACAGCGUGUUGACACAGACCGAUUUUGCAUUACAGCCUCGGAAUAUUCCGAUGAAACGAGAAAAAAAUAUACAGUACAUAUUUGAACAGUGAUCCAGUGCUGCCAAUAAUGCCUGUAAACGGUCCCUUCGGCAUUUAUCACUCGAUUUGAAAUCUUUUCCACUCGAGUGCGCGGUGCUAGCUAGAUCGAUCAAUGUUUCAGGGGACACCAGACAUACCGAUGAUACAAAGCAAAUUGCCUUCUCGUAUUAACAAAGACGUGUUGCCUUCUAACAAAAAAAAAAAAGAUGCAUAUAAAAGUUCUAGCGAUUUAUAUCGUUAAUACCGUCACUUUGUCCA